CAGCAGCAAAACAAUGGUAAACCCGCUAGGGCCACACCACUCUUCUUCUUCUUCUUCUUCCUCCACCUCUCGAUCGGGCCAGCGUCCCGCCUCGGGAUUUGCUAGGCUGCUCUGGACGAACUCCUCCUCCUCCUCCUCCUCUGCUCGCGCGCCCGUGGAAAAAUGCCGCCUCCGCCUCCCCGCCUGCUGCUCUACUUAUACCCACCACUCGCCCUCCCGCCUAGCUAGGAGCAUGUCGGCCAGCGCCAUGGAGGACCUCCGCCCCAAGAGCAUGGCGUGCGCCGGGGUCGGGGGCGAUACGUCGUCGUCGUCGUCGUCAUCGGCCAGCGCCGCGGCGUCCAGGAUCAUCGCGCAGUGGGCGGCGCGGCGCCGGCAGGCCUGCGAGCAGAUGGUGCUCGGCGGGCUCGACCGCCGGGACCGCGACUCGGAGCUCAUGGCACUCGCGCGCCUCCACGCCGUCUCCACCAUGCUCGACGCCUCCUCCUUCCUCCGCGCCCGCGCCGACGCCGCGGACGACGACGACGACGGGAGGCGUGCGCGGUCGCCGGAGCGCGCGCUCGUGCGGCGGAUCGCGCGGGAGUGGACCGCCUCCGCGCCCGCGCAGCAGCCGCGGGGCGCCCCGCGCGGAGGCGACGGCGUCGGCGUCGGCGGAGGCGAGGAGUGGCUGGGCGAGACGGAGCGCGAGCGCGUGCGGACGGUGCGGGAGCGCGUCCGCCGGGCCAGCCAGGGCGGCGACGGCGUGGACGGCCGCGCGCCGGGGCUCCGCGGGCGGCAGGCGCGCGCGCCGAGCGCGGCCAGGCGCAUGUCUAUGGAGCGGCUGCGUGAGCUCCAGGGCCUCUCGGAGCACCGCGCCGUGUCCUCCUUCGCCCACCGCGGCCGCAUCCAGUCCAUUCUGCGAGGCAGAAUCUCUCGCGGCGGAAGGCCUGCGCAGGACGGCGGGCCGAUUUCUACGGCGGCGGCCGGAGAAGCAGGACAGAUUACACAGAGUCAUCCUGCCUCUGGAGCAGAAAACAUUGCCAGUGAUCAAGUCGUUCGUGACCAUGUCCAUGACAUGGAGAAUGCCUCUGCCAGCCAUGAGAUCCAGACGCUUCAGUCGUCAACACAAGAUCAAUCCGCCAACGUACCGAACACUAGGGAUGCUCUGGAGAAUGGCCAGCUUGAUCAGGAACAAGGCAUGCACGGGUACCAGGAGUACUCGUCGGACUCGGGGACCUCGGAGCAGAGCGGCGAGCAGUCCGGCUCUUCCUCCUCCGACGGCAACGGCAGCGCGCGGCAGGAAGCCAUAGCUUACGUGCAGCCUCCACCCAGUGUGCAGUGGCCAGGGGAGACAUCGGGAUCGGGUGCCAGUGGCCAGGAAGUAGAGGAGGAGGAGGAGGAGGAGGAGGAGGAGGAAUGGCAUGUCAUUGAUAACCCAGAAGCAGCCGAAGCACAGCAAUGGCGGCCGGAAGAUAUAGGCGGCUUCGCUCGGCAUAACCGUCUCCAGGAAGACGCGCUCUAUGGAAUGUACAGGGCGGAGCUCAGAGAACUCCUAAGCAGGCGCAGCGUCUCCAAUCUUCUCAGCAGCGGCUUCCGCGAGAGCCUGGACCAGCUCGUGCACUCAUACGCUCAGAGGCAGGAGCAUGAUCCUCCGGCUCCACUCAACAAUGGACCAGAUCGGGCCGGGGACGCCGCCGCAGCCGCGCAGCCUCCCGCCGGCCAAAGGCAGCAGCGGCGCUGGCGGAUGGUGCCGCCUCGUCGUGACUGGAGCCGGCAACCCGUGCACCGCCCAGAUGAACUUGAAGUUGAUGAGGCCAUCCACGACCUGCGGGACGACAUGGCCGUGCUCCAGCGCGGGAUGGCCAGCACGCAGCAGAUGCUGCAGGCGUGCAUGGAGAUGCAGGUCGAGCUGCAGAGGUCCAUCCGGCAGGAGGUCGCCUCUGCCAUGCACCGCUCUCUGUCUGUCCAUGGGACAGUUAGAUGGUAUGAUGAUGGAUCACAGUGGGAGCUGGUGAGGAAAGGGACCUGCUGCAUCUGCUGCGACAGCCAGAUCGACUCGCUUCUCUACAGGUGUGGGCACAUGUGCACCUGCUCAAAGUGCGCCCGCGAGCUGCUCCGCGGGGCCGGCAAGUGCCCGCUGUGCCGCGCGCCCAUCGUCGAGGUCGUCCGGGCUUACAGCAUAAUCUGACAGAUCUUUACAACAGAAGAAAAACAAACAUAAGCUGUCUACUAGAGGAGAGGAGUGGUUCUUAGGCUGACUGGACGGAGGGUUUAUGUUCUGACGGCAGGAGUUGUCUGUGUACUCGCUAGGGGUUUUGCUAGUUUCUGAAACUAGUGUUGAAUUUAUCUAUUUGUUUUCUGUGGCCUCCAUUACCAUGCCGAUGUGCCAUCAUACAAACUUUUAAUCCAAUAGCCUUGUAAUGCAAUAAGUUAUCAAAGAGAUUAUUUGCUGGAAAUAAAAAAUUAGGUCUGCCA